AUGGCGUAUGCCUCGGUCGCCCAGGCUGAGCAUGAGGCCGUAUAUCGCGAGUCCGCCGCUACUGACUCCGUCCACCAUCCUCCGCAUUCCUACUCACCUUCCCGCUCUCCAAUCCUGCCCGAAAUCUCGAGUCCACCGCUGUCUCUCCCUCUAUUCGAUCAAUUCUCCCGAGAUGGCGAUCUGUCGAUGGCGUCUCAAGCGGGACCAAGUUCCGUAGGCGUUGGGUCUCUUCUUAAAUCGCUGUCCUCCUCGCAGUCGUACCAAAUGGUGGAAGAAGACGACUAUGAGGAGCCAAUGCCCAGCUAUCCAGAACCUCUAGCACCACGAUUAAAGAUGAACGGUCUACCUUCUGCACAGAACACACCCGCAUUCCAGAAAGAAGACCCUCCAAUCAGGACCGCCUCAAUCAGCCGGCACUUGCCUCUGAAUCAUCCAACCCCGGAUUUGCAGUCGCUGCAAGGGGCGCUGGUCAAAAAUGUGGAACGUCUGGAAGAAAGCGCUGAGCGUUUGAGCAUGACCUCGAGCCUUGAGGACGGGUUGAACAAGAUGAAGCAAGAUCAAAAGCGCCUGGAGCGUCAGUCCUCAGCCCCAGCGACUCUGGACAACGCCUUUCGCCCCACGAUCCAGAGACAAUUCUCGACGGGUUCGUGGUCUAAUUCAAUCAUUGGUGUCAACCAAACGGCCAGGCUAGGAGGAUAUUCUCCCUCAGGAUACCACAUUACAUCUCCGACUGGGUCAAUCCGCUCCGGACCGUGGCCACCCCAGCAGCAGCACAUCGAACGACACUCUUCAAAAGGCAGUCGUCGAAGUCACGUUCUGCCACCCCUGGAAGGCCGGCCGCUGGAGUUCAGCCCCGAUCGUCAUGCCUCUAUCUCCAUCUACCCCGAAGACGAAGUAGCGCCCCGUGCGUCACCUCGAGAGUCCGAGGGCUCGAUCCAGGAGGAGAGACCCACUACCUCUGCUUCCAACGACACAUAUCGUCAAGCACAGGCCGCGUUCAAUGACUUCGAUGGAGUACACUACGGCAGCGCGCCCCUGUCCCACGAAGGAGCUGCCUCUAUAUCGCGUCGUAUUUCUCUGAACCACCCGCCGCUUGCACGAGAUUCCAAGGCUUAUAAAGAACCUCAACCAGGAGAACGAAUGAUCUACUAUCCUGCUCCGGUUCCGGUCAUGUUGAAUCUGCCUCCGAGACUGUCAAAGUUCAACAUCAGUGAACGAGACAAACGUCGACUCCAGGCUCUCAGCGGCAUCCCAGACGACGUGCGCAAGUCGGCGAUUUGGCUUGGAGAACAAGACACCGCCAAGUUGCAGGGCCAAAGUAAUCCACUCAAAUUACCUCCACAGCUGCGGGCCAGCGCUUUCUUCGAGCAACCCAGUGUCACUCAAGACUUACAGCUCAAGAACGGCUCAGCUGUCCAGACGUUGGACAGCAUCCUAGAUGCCGCUGCACACGCUCCCGUCUCAGCGUUCACUGAUCAUCCAAUUGCGGGCCAUCUUGGGAAGGAAGUCUAUGGCCCAGACGCCUCUCCGCGGAAGAGUAUGCAAUUGGCCGAAGGAAAGGCGAAGAAACGACGAAGUUCUCUUAGUACGAUGCUCAAGACGAGAAGAUCGAGCACUGCCCUCUCAGGCUCGGGCCUGGUGCGCUCAAAGUCAAGAGGCUCCCAAAAUCUGGAUGGCGCCGACCAACCCAGUGGAGAUGAACUUGACCGAGCAGCGGCGCAGUCGAUAUCACCGGAUGCUGACGAAAUAUCUGAUGAAGAGGAGGACAAGGAUGUCGUACCGCCAGGGUUUUCGACGGCGCCCACGACCUUACUUGCUGAAUUACAGAUGCGGAAAGAACAACAGAGACUACGCAAUCGCACUGCAGCAGACGCUUUUCCCAAUGGCAUGCACUCGACCCUGCUCGAGCUUGACGCUGUUACUCAGCUUCAGCAGAGAGCCCGAAAGACCAAACAUGUCACUUUGGCCUGGGAAGACCACGAUGAAGCAAAUAAACAAAACUUCGACGACGAGGAUGUCCCUCUCGGUGUCCUCUUCCCAGAAAAAGAUAGAGCAGACCAUGCGAACGCUCAUAGACCGAUCGGGCUCCUAGAGAAGCGGGAGUUGGAAGACAACGAGCCCUUGAGUCAUCGGCGAGCAAGAUUGCGAGGCGGGCCGCUUCAGACUGCAAAAUCCGAGGCAAAAGGUCAGAUCGAAGAGGAAAGCCGACCUCCCGUCAUCGAGGAUGUGCCCGGCCUCUCCCAAGAACCUCUGCCCGAGGAUGAGAACGAGACAUUAGCUCAAAGGGCUGCAAGGAUAAAGCUGGAGAAAGAGAAGGGCACUGGAGGCCAAUUUACAGAAGAGUUGACCUCUCAAUUAGGCCUCAACCUCGAGAGCGAUGUAUUACCGCCGCCGUCAAAGACACCAGAUGUGGAGGAGACAUUAGCUCAGAGGCGAAAGAGGUUGAAGGAGGAAGCAUCCACCAAUCCACAUACCAAUCAGCAGCUCAAACCCAUGCACAGUCUGGCCGACUUACUCCAAGCUCAUCCAGUGGGUACACAGCCCAAACCAGCGCUGCCUCGGACGAACUCGAAUUACGCGACCCACAACGCACAUUGGGGUUAUUCUCAGCAAAACAACGUCUUCAAUGCUUCUUAUGGCUAUCCGAACAAUGUCGGGUACAUGAACAGAGGACUCGGCGCCACAUUACCGAGCUAUAUGCAACAAACAUAUCCUUACGCCUAUAGCAACCAGCCAUAUAUACCAGACCCGAUGUCGGGUCCGCCUUUGGAUCCCAAACAGCGAGCGCAGAUUGAUCGCUGGCGGCAGAGUAUUGUACAGUGA